GUGGGUUGCACCAACGUAACGUUAACCCGGAAGUGUAUUGAAUAGUCUGAUUGUAAGCGUAGAAGAUGGCAGGGGUGUUUGAAGUGGAGGUUAACGGUGUGGAACAAGAUCAUGGACACGGACAUCCUGACGACGCAUCUCAGAUUGGUCUUUCUGAGCUCUCACCAGAGGAUAAGUGGAGGUUGGAACAUGCUAAAAUGCAUGCCAGACACAAAGGGCAUGAAUCCAUGCAUGCAGAGAUGGUUCUCAUUCUCAUUGUCACACUCAUCAUUGCCCAACUUGUCCUGGUUCAGUGGAAACAGAGACACCCCAAAUCAUACAAUUUGGUAACCCUCUUCCAAAUGUGGGUGGUUCCUCUGUACUUCACCACUAAGCUGCAUUGGUGGAGGUUUCUGGUGACAUGGUUCAUCUUCUCUUUUCUUAUGACCUUCAUCACUUUUCGUGCUACCCGCAAACCACUGGACUGCACCACUCCGAGGCUUGUUUACAAAUGGUUCCUCCUAUUGUACAAGAUCAGCUACACCACAGGCAUUGUGGGCUAUACUGUAGUUAUGUUCACCCUCUUUGGCAUAAAUCUUAUAUUUAGAAUUAAGCCAGAAGAUGCUAUGGACUUUGGUGUUUCGCUUCUCUUUUAUGGCCUGUACUAUGGUGUACUCGGUCGGGAUUUUGCAGAGAUGUGCGCAGAUUUUAUGGCAUCUACAGUUGGGUAUUACAGUGCAUCUGGAAUGCCCACUAAGCACCUGUCAGACAGCAUCUGUGCCGUCUGUGGUCAGCCAAUACUUGUGGAUGUGAGUGAAGAGGGAAUCAUAGAGAACACCUAUAGACUCUCCUGCAACCAUGUAUUCCAUGAGUUUUGCAUACGUGGGUGGUGCAUUGUGGGUAAGAAGCAGAUGUGCCCAUACUGCAAAGAAAAAGUUGACCUUAAAAGGAUGUUCAGUAACCCAUGGGAGAGACCCCAUGUCAUGUAUGGACAGCUACUGGACUGGCUGCGCUACCUUGUGGCCUGGCAGCCUAUUAUCAUUGGACUGGUACAAGGCAUCAAUUACAUUCUAGGUUUGGAGUAAUGUGACCCAGCAUAGAGGGACUAGCAUGGUUUACUCAAUCUGCAGCGAAUACCAUCUUUGGUUUCACUGAAACAGGGACACUCUUUCAAAGACUGACUCUAAUGCUGUGGUAAUAUGUUUUUAAAUUAAAUUCUAUGUGUAGUCUGAA